ACCCACCCCCUUGCUAGCAUCCAUGGACGCCGGCGGCAAACUCACCGCCGCCGACGACGACGCAGCAUUCCCGCAGGAGGAGGCGAUCGCCGCCGUCCAGGACCUCCACACCCCCUCCCCCACCUCCGAAGACGACUGCGACGACCUCUACGGCGACGUCAGCCUCAACUUCCUCCCCCUCUCGCCACGCUCCCCUUCCCCGACGUCCCCUCCCAAAACCCCCUCUCCCGGCCGCUCCGUCCUGUCGCCAUCCCCUCCACCUCCCCCGGCUCCCCGCGGCCCGCUCCCAGAACCCCAGCCGGAGCCGGAGCCCGAGCGACCAAAACCCUUACCCACCCCACCCCGCGCGGCAAAACCCACCCAGCCGCGACACCAGCCGCGGCAGUCGGAGUCGCAGCACGCGUCGUGGGGCGACGGGUCUCCGCCCACCACGGCGCUGUUCAUCGGCGAGCUCUCUUACUGGACGACGGACGAGGAGGUGGAGGACGCGCUCGCGCCGCACGGCGCGCUCCACGGCCUCCACUUCUUCACCGACAAGCAAACCGGCAAGUCCCGCGGCUUCUGCCGCGCCGACUUCCUCCACCCCGACGAGGCCGCGUCGGCCGCCGCCGCGCUCCACGGGCACGCCUUCCACGGGCGUCACUGCGUCGCCUCGCUCUCCUGCCCGCCCGAGCUGCUGCGCCUCGUCGACGACCCCCACGUCGACCAAGCGCCGAGCGGCGCCACCCGCGGCCGAGGCCGAGGCGGCGGGAACGGGGGCAACUCGACGACACCUCGGGGCAAUGUGGGUGAUCCACCGGCUCCGUCUCCACUUCCACGGCCUAUACCUCCCCGGUUGCCGCAGCUGCCGUUCGGUGGGAUGAUGAUGGGAGGCGGCGGCUACGGUGGUGGGUUCGCGGGGAUGGGUACUAGCAUGAUGCCGUCGAUGAUGGCGCCACAUGUGAACCCAGCGUUCUUGGCAGCCCGCGACAUGGCAAUGGGUGGCGCAGGGGUAUGGUAUGAUCAUCGGGUGGCUGGAAACAUGUGGGGUGGGCAGCAGCCAUGGAAUUUUGGAGGUUACGGGAUGCCGCGGCGGCCGCAAAGACCACAGAUGUGGCGGCAGCAGCUCAACCGGAAUGGAGACUAUGGAAAUGUGCGCGGCACGGCGCGUCGGGAGAGACCAGGUGGUAGGAAUGAGGAAGGGGGCAUUGGCAAUGUGAGGAGGCAGUGUGGCCGUGACGGCGUUGAUCUGUCCAGGAAGCAUGACCAUGAGGAGGGGGGUCGGUAUCGCCAGCUAGUCUCGGAGGAGGAGAGGGAGCAUGAACUGCAGUGGGAUGAGAGUGAUCGUUAUGGAGGUGACAGGAGGUACCAGGAGUAUCCUGAUUGUGACUUCCGGAGGAGAGGCCGGGCAAGGUCAAGAAGCCAGUCAAGGGAUGAGGAGGAGGAGGAUGAGGAUGAUCAUCCAAGAAAGUGCCACUGAUUUCACGCGCUUGGUAUCAUCUUCAGGCCAAAUGGUCAAUCAUCAGUUUUUGCAGUCCUGUUCAACAACUAUUGUUCCCCAUGAAGUAACUGUAGAAAUCAUGCUUGCUUUUGGCGUCAACUGUUAACUGAAGCAACAGAGAAUGACACAAGAACCUUAUGCCCUGCACUAGUUAAACAUUAGCUUAUGACACAAGAAUGACACAAUCGACUGUUGGGUGACCUUACUUUUGGCAUGAACGGUGGUCCAAUGUUUACUUGACUCCAGAAAUGUGAACGACCUAUAUUGCUUACUGUUCCCCUCGCAAACUCCAGAAAUGUAAACAACCUAUAUUGCUGUCCCCCUCGCAAACCGUUUUACUGAU